UCCCGCCCGGCCGCCGGCGCCAUGUGACCGCGCCGCCGCCCUCCGCGCGCCCGGCCCGCCCGCCCGCCGCGCUCCCGCGGCCCGGCGCAGCCCCAGGCCGCCGAGGGACGGCGGGGCCGGCGCCAUGGCCGAGCGGGGCCGACUCGGCCUGCCCGGCGCGCCCGGAGCACUCAACACCCCCGUGCCCAUGAACCUGUUCGCCACCUGGGAGGUGGACGGCUCCAGCCCCAGCUGUGUGCCCAGGUUGUGUAGCCUGACCCUAAAGAAACUGGCAGUGCUCCGGGAGCUGGAGAAGGAGCUCCUGUCCGUGGUGAUCGCUGUCAAGAUGCAGGGCUCCAAACGCGUCUUGAGAUCGCAUGAGAUUGUGCUGCCUCCCAGUGGACAGGUGGAGACAGACCUGGCGCUGACCUUCUCUCUCCAGUACCCCCACUUCCUGAAGAGAGAAGGCAACAAGCUCCAGAUCAUGCUGCAGCGCAGAAAGCGAUACAAGAACAGAACAAUCCUUGGCUAUAAAACAUUGGCUGCAGGCUCUAUCAACAUGGCUGAGGUGAUGCAGCACCCUUCUGAGGGUGGCCAGGUGCUAAGCCUCUGCAGCAACAUCAAAGAGGCCUCUGUCAAGGUGGCUGAGAUCUGGAUCGUCUCCCUGUCCAGCCAGCCCAUCGACCAUGAGGAUAGUGCAAUGCAGGCUGGCCCCAAGGCCAAGUCCACAGAUAACUACUCAGAGGAGGAGUAUGAGAGCUUUUCCUCUGAACAGGAAGCCAGUGAUGAUGCUGUACAAGGGCAGGAUCUUGAUGAGGAUGACUUUGAUGUGGGAAAACCCAAGAAGCAGCGGCGCUCGAUAGUAAGAACGACGUCCAUGACCAGGCAACAGAACUUCAAGCAGAAAGUGGUGGCGCUACUGCGCAGGUUUAAAGUGUCAGAGGAGGUCUUAGAUUCGGAGCAAGACCCUGCAGAACAUGUUCCUGAGGUGGAGGAGGACCUGGAUCUUCUCUAUGACACUCUGGAUGUGGAGAACCCCAGCGACAGUGGCCCUGACAUGGACGAUGAUGACAGUGUCCUUAGCACCCCCAAGCCCAAGCUUAGGCCAUAUUUUGAAGGCCUGUCACACUCCAGCUCACAGACAGAGAUAGGGAGCAUCCACAGUGCCCGGAGCCACAGAGAGCCUCCAAGCCCGGCUGAUGUACCUGAGAAGAUGAGAUCUCUGGGAGGCCAGCAGCCAAGUGACAGCAUCUCUGACACGGUAGCCCUUAGUUCACCAGCCCCCCGAGAGCCAUCAGGGCAACCUGAUGACAGUCCAGAGACUGAGACCUCUCUCCUGGAUGUCUUCACUGAGAAGCUGCCACCCAGUGGGAGAAUCACCAAGACUGAGUCACUUGUCAUCCCUUCCACCAGCAGGUCAGAGGCAAAGCCAGCCGGCCGCCGGGGCCGGAGCACAUCCCUGAAGGAACGGCAGCCAGCUCGACCACAGAAUGAGCGGGCCAACAGCCUGGACAAUGAGCGCUGUCCAGACACGAGGAGCCAGCUGCAGAUUCCCAGGAAAACUGUGUAUGACCAACUGAACCACAUCCUCAUCUCUGAUGACCAACUCCCUGAGAAUAUUAUUCUUGUCAACACCUCUGACUGGCAGGGACAGUUCCUCUCGGAUGUCCUACAGAAGCAUACCCUCCCUGUGGUAUGCACAUGCUCUGCUGCUGACGUGCAAGCUGCCUUCAGCACCAUUGUCUCUCGGAUACAGCGAUACUGCAACUGCAAUUCUCAGCCACCAACCCCUGUGAAGAUCGCUGUGGCGGGAGCACAGCAUUACCUCAGUGCCAUCCUGCGGCUCUUCGUGGAGCAGCUGUCUCAUAAGACGCCUGACUGGCUUGGCUACAUGCGCUUCCUCAUCAUCCCACUGGGCUCCCAUCCUGUGGCCAGGUACCUGGGCUCUGUGGACUACCGCUACAACAACUUCUUCCAGGAUCUGGCCUGGAGAGACCUAUUCAACAAGCUGGAAGCCCAGAGCAGUGUGCAGGACACACCAGACAUCGUGUCACGCAUCACCCAGUACAUCUCGGGAGCCAACUGUGCUCACCAGCUCCCCAUCGCCGAGGCUAUGCUGACCUACAAGCAGAAGAGGAAAAAACACUUUCACUUUGACUUUACCCUGAGCCCUGAUGAAGAAUCCUCUCAGAGGUUCAUUCCCUUUGUUGGGGUUGUGAAGGUUGGAAUUGUGGAACCAUCUUCAGCCACAUCAGGAGACUCGGAUGAUGCAGCCCCCUCAGGCUCCAGUGUGCUCUCUUCUACCCCGCCGUCUGUGUCUACAUCUCCUGCGGCCAAGGAGGCCUCACCUACUCCACCCUCCUCCCCUUCAGUAAGCGGAGGCCUGUCUUCCCCAAGCCAGGUCACCGGCGCUGAGCUCAUGGGGCUGCAGGUGGACUACUGGACAGCAGCACAGCCUGCGGACAGGAAGAGAGAUGCCGAGAAGAAGGACCUCCCCACCACCAAAAAUACGCUCAAGUGCACUUUCCGGUCCCUCCAGGUCAGCAGGUUGCCCAGCAGUGGCGAGGCUGCAGCCACACCCACCAUGUCCAUGACCGUGGUCACCAAGGAGAAGAACAAGAAGGUGAUGUUUUUGCCCAAGAAAACUAAGGACAAAGAUGUGGAAUCUAAAAGCCAGUGCAUCGAAGGCAUCAGUCGGCUGAUCUGCACAGCUAAGCACCAACAGAACAUGCUUCGGGUCCUCAUCGAUGGCGUGGAAUGCAGCGAUGUCAAGUUCUUCCAGCUGGCUGCCCAGUGGUCUUCCCACGUGAAGCACUUCCCCAUCUGCAUCUUUGGACACUCCAAGGCCACCUUCUAGCCCCACCCACGGAAGGGCUGGCACAGGAUGAUACAGGGGCCCGUGCUCUGCUCUGUGUCAGCCAUUGAUGGAGGGACAGCUGUGUUUCUGUUAACAUGUGGUUACUACAGAGACAGACUCUUAUAAACACAAAGAAACAGUCUUAAGUAUGAAUGUGCUCAUAGCCCAGAAAUUAAGGGGAAGCUAACAAGCUCCCUGUGGGCCACCGAGUAACUUUGCUCUGCUUAUUAACCAGAAUAUGUGGGCAGUGGAAAGGCUGGUAAGAAGAGAGGUGAGCUCUGGUCUUGUGAAACCCCAGAACUACACGCGAGAAGUGUUCUUGCCUUUGUGUCCUGUCUGUUCCUGAAGUCAGGAUUCUGCUUUCCUGGGGAGCAGGGAGCAGGGUACAGUCUGGCCAAAAGCUGAGGGUAAAGAGCAUAUUUGGUCUCCUAGCAUGGGAUGGUGGCCCCUGGCACUCCAUGCGUGGUUCCCAAAAAACUCCAGCCUUAUGGCGGAGGUUUUAUAGUAGCGGAUCUUUCUGAUGCUCUCAUACAUUUGACGAUGUAGCUGCCAAGCAGAUGUUUUUUUUGUGAAGUCCCCUUGGGUGGAGAGCCAGCAGGAGCUACAUACCUACCCCUGCCCCUCUGGCUGCAGUUCCAGAGGCACUGCUAGGCUUCUGCAGAUUCUGCUGCUCAGAUAGGUGGUCCUUGCAAAUUUCCCAUUGUCUAUCUUGGAAUAAGAGACACUGCUGGGGUCUGAGACCUGGCUACCAUGCCCUUACACCUCUAUUCUGCCUGCUGGACAGGAACAUCUAGGACUGGUUAUGUGGGGUCUGAGUUGAAAAUCAAGGUUGUGAACUGGAAACAGGCAACUGGAGGUGUGUGUGUGUAUGUGUGUGUGUGUGUGUGUAUGUAUGUGUGUGUGUGCGUGUGUACACAUGCGCACGCUCACAGUGAGGCCAGUGAAGGCUCCAGCAGGCUGGUCUAACUACAAAGGCUAUCCAAGGAUCUAUCCCAUCCAUGCUCCUCAAAGCCACAUGGAUCCAUUCUUGGUGGCAUCUCUAGCCUCCACCACUUUCCUGCUCAGCAGAAGAGGGAUGUGCUGGCCUGCAGCAAGGAUCAUCCUGACUGUACAUGCCCCACUAGAUUCAUGAAGGGGUUCACAGCCUCAGUCCUAAUUUUCUCCCUGAAGUGUCAGAUGGAAGAGUGCCUGCCCCCUUGGAAACUGGCACUCCCAGGCACCCUGGUGGUGUCUUAGCCUUGAGAACUUCUAAGAGAAUGCUCAGAAAAUUACCAAGAAUAGGGCAGGCUGAGUUUGAGGACUCCUCACCUUUCCUGGGAUGAAAAGUGGCUCAUUUUCUAUUCACUUACUUCCCCGCCUCACCUUGCUGAAAAGAGUCUAUUUGUCCAGGGCAAGGCCCUGGACUGCUGCUGGGUUCAGGGCUCAGUGACAGUGGAACCCCUGGUGAAGAGUGCUCUGGAAAGAUCUGUUACAGAGUCAGGCCACUGUGAUCCUUAAAGCUUAAGAGCAGAGCCUGGCUGACCGACCCCUGGAGUUUCCUCCCAAAGUCAGCCUUGCUACAAAAGAUUAGGCCUAGAGGCCUUGGGGCCAGGGUUUCAAGCUCAUGCCUGAGGGCAGCCCCUUUCUGGAGAACUCUUUCUCUUUCCAUGCAUUCUUGAUUGGUUCCAGAGGUCUGACUUAUACAAGUCCAAGUCAGUAAAGCCUGAGUACCCUGCACCCACCACUAUAGCAGUAAUCCCCUGAGCCUCAGUUUCCCCUUUGGUUAAAGAGACAUGUCCAUUUUCCUUGCCUACCUCGUGGAGCUGUAAUGAGGAUUCAUAGAGAAGUACUUUUGUCCCAUUGAAGGAUGACUAAACACCAAAGCCCCCUGACAGGUGUCAGGUGAGAACAGCAGUGUGUGUGUGUGUGUGUGUGUGUGUGUGUGUGUGUGUGUGUGUGUGUGUAUCCCACAGGCCUUAGCCCUGAGGCCCUAGAGCCUCCCAGUCUUAGGUCACUGUCUGUCAGCACUGGUUUCUCUUAGGCCUGGCCACACAGCCUGUGUGGAUGGGAAGGUCUCAUUCCUGUCAGUUGGGGACGCUGCCUCUACCUUCAAGUUAGUCCGUGCCACUACCCUCUGAGUAUGCAGCUGGGUAUCACUGUAUGGUACCAGAGCUGGGAAAGGAGGGGCUGGCCCUCGGUUCCUGUGCAAUGGCUUGUCCUAGCCUUACCCUGAAGGCCUCACUUCUGCCUCUAGCCUCCAUCUCAAAUGAAUUCCUUAUAAAAAUGUCCCAGCACUUCUUCCCUGAGCCAGGGUACUGGACCCUCACUUGCUCUCCAAACCCCCACGCCUCCGGAGACUGCUGUGUCCUGGAGAGGGGCCAGCAGAGGCUGAUGGCCUUGCGUGAAGAUGACUCCGUCCACUUUUGAAGACGGUCCAGCGCGUUGUGACUGAUUUCUAGGGUGUGUGUAUGUGUUGCUAGUUUGUUGUUUUUAAUGGAAAGGAUUCAUGUAAAUAGCUUUUUGGGAGCAGAUGCUGAUCUGUCCCAUGCGACUAUGUGGGCGAUUUCAAGGUGCUGAAGCGACACUAAUAAACUGACGGCGCUCAGGCCG